AUGCUUCGCAUUCUCCGCCCGCAGUUUCUAACCUCGUCCCUGCUGAUCCCAGGGCAUCUCUGGUCUCAGGACAAACCGCAGUUUCUAAUCACGUCGCUGCUGGGCCUAGGGCAUAUCUGGCCCAAGGACAUUCCGCCAUUCUCAAUGACGGCCCCGCAGCCUUGGGAGCUUAUGAGGAUUAUCGAUGCCCUGGGAAACCAGGAGAUCUAUACCUAA